AUGGCCUGUAUCGACAUGCAGGAGGUACCAAGAAGAUGCAGAAUUGUUGUGGUGAACGUAGACGGUUCGCUGGUUCAGCAUCCUCUAACCUGCCUGGGUUCCUUCAACCGAGAGGAGGAGGGUUGGAGGAGAGACAAUGACUGGGUGUGGCGGAGAGAUGGAGAGGAGGAUGAGGAGAUCAUAUGGAUGAUGGGUGAAGAGGAGAAGAAGAAGGGGAAUAGCUUCCUUGUCAACCUGGAGGAGAGAACUGGAGGGGGGAUCUUUACAUGUCACAGCCUGGAUAGAACCCUCCUGAAGAAAACUACGGUGCUGGUCAAACACCUGAAUGAACAGAAACGCAUUCUAGAAGGAUCCACCAGAGCAGGCUAUAUGAAAUGUUCUACACGGAACUACCAAGGAGAAUUCCACUGCUCCUGGAAAUUUACCACUGAACGUGUUGGGACCAUUAUGUCUGUCAGAGUGGCACGUGGCCUGUCUGAUGCGGAGAACAUCAGCUGUUCUGUGGACGCCAGUGGACAGCAGUGGACAUGUUCCUCUUCGUCUGGCCAGAGUGACAUCAUGUGCUCUGUGAACAGUAGCGGACUGGGGGUGUCCUGUGUGGACAGACAGUAUUGUCCCUAUGCUGAGGAGACUGACCGGAUCACCCUGACCAUCUACAUGAGGACUAACUACCUGCUGGAGGAAUACUCCCAACGUUUCUACUUAUCAGAAAUUGUGAAGCCAGACAAGGUAUCCAUUAUGAAGGUGAACAGCAGUACUAUAGAGUGGAGGUAUCCUGUCUCCUGGAACAGCCCCAUCUCCUACUUCCCCCUUUCCUUCCAGGUCAAAGAGAUCAAAGGCAGAGAGCGCAAGAACGGGUGCACGUGUGAUUCGCCCGGCACAAAGGUCCACACCACAGAGAGCAGCCAAUGGUCAGUAAAGGCCAAGGUGAUGGUGUGCGUCAGGGCCCAGGAUGCACUAUGUGACUCCCCCUGGAGCGACUGGACAGAGUACAGACACAACAACGUGGGAAACAAGAGGGGGAGGCAGGAGAAGAAGAAGAAGAAGUGUGUGUCUCAAUAG